AUGAGUACAAUAAAAUUAAAUUUUACUGUGACUGAAUUUGUGUUCCUGGGACUCUCGUCUGAGCCAGAGACACAGCUCAUUCUUUUUGUUAUGUUCUUGUUCUUCUAUUUACUAACGGUGGCUGGGAACAUCAUUAUCAUCACUAUUAUUCAGAUAGAACCACGUCUCCAAACCCCCAUGUACUUCUUUCUUACUAAUUUAUCCUUUCUAGACAUUUGCUAUACAUCCACCAAUGUCCCACAAAUGCUGUCCAACAUGGUGGGGAGAAAGAAGACGAUCCUGUUCUCUAGCUGUGCUGCUCAGAUGUAUCUUUCCCUCUCCUUUGGAAUGAUUGAAUGUGUUCUCCUUGGUGUCAUGGCUUAUGAUAGAUAUGUCGCUAUUUGCCACCCUCUUCAUUAUACUGUCAUUAUGGACAGAAACACCUGUGUCCAGCUGGCAGCAAUUUCUUGGUCCAGUAGUUUCCUGAGCUCCAUGGUUAUCAAUGUCCUCACCUUGAGAUUGCCCUACUGUGGGCCCAAUGUCCUGAAUCACUUUUUCUGUGACGUGCCUUUUGUCCUAAAACUGGCCUGCACUGAUACCUCACUCACUGAGUUGGUGGUUUUUAUCUUCAGUAUUAUCAUUGUCUUCAUCCCUUUUCUUCUCAUUGUUGUUUCUUAUGCCCGGAUCCUUCUGUCUGUUCUCAAAAUACGGUCGGCCUCUGGGAGACACAAAUCACUGUCCACAUGUGCCUCCCACCUGACAGUAGUGGCGUUAUUCUAUGGAACUGCCAUCUUCAUGUACAUGAGACCCCAGUCAAAGUCUUCCCGGGCUGGAGGCAAGAUCAUUGCAGUGUUCUACACUGUGGUCACACCCAUGCUCAACCCCCUGAUCUACAGCCUGAGGAACCAGGAUGUGAAAGGAGCUUUAAGAAGAGCUAUUGCAAAACAGAGAAUGUGA